CUUUCAAAAUCCAAAUGAGAGUUAUUGGCUUUUGAUCAUUCUCAUUCCAUAUUUUGUAUUCCAAAUAAACUAGAAGAUGAGCAGCAAAAGGUCAUCACAAUAUCACCAAGUAGAAAUCCCUCCACCACAACCUUUCUUGAAAUCACUAAAGAACACUCUCAAUGAUAUCCUUUUCGCCGACGAUCCCUUCCGUAGAAUCAGGAACGAAUCGAAAACGUCGAAAAAGAUCGAGUUAGGGUUGCGACACGUGUUCCCAAUCUUAGAAUGGGCUCGUGGUUACAAUUUGGAGUAUUUAAAAUCAGACGUUAUCUCAGGGAUAACAAUUGCAAGUCUUGCUAUUCCUCAAGGGAUUAGCUAUGCUCAGCUCGCUAAUCUCCCUCCAAUCCUUGGUCUUUACUCAAGCUUGGUGCCGCCGUUGGUAUACGCGGUAAUGGGAAGUUCAAGAGAUUUAGCGGUGGGAACAGUGGCGGUGGCCUCGCUGUUGACGGCGGCGAUGUUGGGAAAAGAGGUAAACGCAGUGAAGAAUCCAAAGCUUUACCUUCACUUAGCUUUCACCGCCACUUUCUUCGCCGGACUCAUGCAAACCUGUCUUGGCCUCUUACGGUUAGGGUUCGUGGUGGAGAUAUUGUCGCACGCGGCGAUUGUAGGGUUCAUGGGAGGAGCCGCGACGGUGGUGUGUCUGCAGCAACUGAAAGGAUUACUUGGCCUCCAUCACUUCACUCAUUCCACCGAUAUCGUCUCUGUUCUCCGCUCCAUUUUUUCUCAAUCUCAUAUGUGGAGAUGGGAGAGUGGAGUGCUAGGGUGUUGCUUCCUCAUCUUCCUUCUUACAACUAAAUACAUUAGCAAGAAGAGACCAAAGCUGUUCUGGAUAUCUGCAAUGUCUCCACUUGUUUCUGUCAUUCUUGGAACCCUUUUCCUUUACUUCCUUCAUGCCCAUUUCCAUGACAUCCAAAUUAUCGGAGAACUAAAGAAAGGGAUUAAUCCACCAUCAAUCACACAUUUGGUAUUCACGUCACCUUAUGUCAUGUUGGCUCUCAAAAUCGGCAUGAUCACUGGAGUCAUAGCUCUCGCUGAAGGGAUAGCAGUGGGGAGAAGCUUUGCAAUGUACAAGAAUUACAACAUAGAUGGGAACAAAGAGAUGAUAGCCUUUGGGAUGAUGAACAUUCUUGGUUCCUUCUCCUCUUGCUAUCUCACUACCGGGCCAUUUUCACGUUCGGCGGUAAACUACAACGCGGGUUGCAAAACAGCGUUAUCAAACGUGGUAAUGGCGGUUGCAGUGACGGUGACGUUACUGUUCUUAACGCCGUUAUUCUUCUACACGCCAUUAGUUGUUCUUUCGUCGAUCAUAAUCACCGCCAUGCUCGGCCUAGUCGACUACGAAGCAGCUAUUCAUCUUUGGAGACUUGACAAGUUCGAUUUCUUCGUUUGUCUCUCUGCUUACUUAGGCGUCGUUUUUGGUACCAUCGAGAUUGGUCUCAUCCUCUCCGUGGGAAUAUCAGUGAUGAGGUUAGUGUUGUUCGUGGGAAGACCAAAGAUUUAUGUAAUGGGAAACAUUCAAAACACAGAAAUAUUUAGGAACAUUGAACAUUACCCUCAAGCCAUCACUCUCUCUUCUCUCCUCAUUCUCCACAUCGAUGGUCCGAUUUACUUCGCCAACUCUAGCUACUUGCGAGACAGAAUUGGAAGGUGGAUCGAUGAAGAGGAAGAUAAAUUGAGAACUAGCGGAGAAAUCAGUCUACAAUACAUUGUUAUCGACAUGAGUGCUGUGGGGAACAUUGACACGAGCGGUAUAAGUAUGCUUGAGGAACUCAACAAAAUCAUGGGACGAAGAGAGCUUAAGCUAGUUAUAGCGAACCCAGGAGCAGAGGUGAUGAAGAAGCUAAGCAAGUCCAACUUCAUAGAGAGCAUUGGUAACGAACGGAUUUAUCUCACGGUGGCAGAAGCCGUCGCAGCUUGCAAUUUCAUGCUUCACACGGCUAAACCCGACUCGCCGAUACCGGAAUCUAACAACGUUUAAGAUUUCACAUUCCUAAAAGGUUUUAUUGUCAUCAAGAAAUAAGGGUUGAAAAAACAAGAGUCUGUUAU